GCUGCGUGACUGCUCACUUGUGUGAGACCUCGAUAGUCGGCAGUCACUUGUAAAAUUUCGCUAAGGAAAUAUCUGUGGCGGAAAACCACUAUGAUUUUCGUGUUACAGGUGAUUUUAAUUCUAAUUAUUGUUGAUAACAAUUGAAAAUAAUUUUUUCCAAGCGAAUUUUUCUGAUGCGACAUGCUCGCUGAUGAUCAAAUGCAAAAUACCUCGAUGUCAUGUGUACGUUAACUGGAAUAUUUGCUGUAUGUUACUGUUGUCUAAAUUGAAAUCAAACUUUUUUAAUAGGUUUGUCUUCGUUCUUAUGAGCUUCAGUGUCAUAUCUCUGUCGCAUGUUACCGUAGAUUUUGAUAAUUAUACUAAGAGGAGUAAUAUCAUCUCGAUUACAUUCGAAUGACAACAAAUAUUGUCUACCUUCGGCCUCGCUGCGGUUGUUGCGUUCCAUUCACUUACGUAACUCAAUUAAUUUCAGUAAUCCCUGCAUUGAACUUGAAGUCGGAACCAAGUUAACGUAUUCUGAAUCAAGAAUAAUUAUUCGUGUGCCCCAGUAACUGAUAAUAAGCCGAUGUUGACGCAAGUACCUUAGCAAAGGCGCCUUUUUAAGUACUAAGUUUCCUAUGUGCGUAGAGGACUCAAAAUUUUUUAAAGGGUGGAUCCUCAGUCUACCGUUAAGUUCUCUCUCUUAACAUUUGAAUUGAAUGAAUUUCAAUUAUAUUAACAGGCAAGUCAAUAAUUUGGAUUCUUUUUUUGCACUGAUCAAAAUGCAUUGGAUUGGAAAACACAAUUUUACAAAGGCACACACUCAACAUUGUAGCUAAGAUAAUGUGUUUUCUUCAUUUAUGUUCCAAAUCUAAGCAACAAGAUUUAACAACCUCUUGUCUCCAGCAUUUAAUCAAUUUCAUUAUUACCUUAUGUCCUUGGGUAGGUUAGUGUACCUGAAAAAAGUAAAGGUAAAAAAAGCAUUGUUUAAAGAAACUGUGAUGUUUGCAAAAACUCUUUCUUUUAAUCAUAUUCAGGUCACAGCUCAGCUGCUGCUUCUCAGUGUCUCAACUGUGUUGGGAUUUUCUAAAGGUCCUCCAUUGAGUACCUGUGAGAGUAAGUUCCCUCACCACAAACAUGCCCCAGCACAACAAGGACUGCCUCCCUAUAACAUCAAUGUGUCCGCACUCUCGUACAGCCUUGGAGACAACCUGACAGUGACCAUCUCAGGAUCACAGCCUUUUACAGGAUUCAUUUUGAAUGCACAGGGGACUGAAAGCUCAAUUCCAUGGCCAGUAGGAACAUUUACUCAAAUUCCAAAUUGUAUGUAUUCUCUAAACUGCUUCUUUUACUUCUUGCGUAUAAUUCGAGACAGUUCAUGGGAACAAGACAUCCAAGAAAGUAACUUUUUCUUUUUUACCAUGAACUUAGGAUGAAAAUAAGGGGUUUCUAAGUUUUCUUCUACCAUGGAAGAUUAUUAAUUGUUUACAACACUGAAACUUGAAUGCCCCAAAAUUCCCAGUACAACCCUUGUAUAGGACUUCCCCCCCCCCAUUGGAGAAUUCUGCUGACACCCCUAGGACAUCAAAUUAGACCCAAGUACUAUCUCCUUAACUAUUCUUGCAAACAAACAAAGAAAGGAAACAGGAGUCCCUGGCUGACAAAGGAUACAACAUUUCUGGCUGAUCUUUGGUGAAAGAAUGGUGGUCAUACCUUUUCUUUUUUUUGGAAGCGUUAGUGGACAAGCAGACAUGUUUUUUUUUCUCUUGCAGAUGCAGCUUAUUUUUACUGUUCUGGAGGUAAUCCAAAGGUAAGGUACUGCAUAUUUAUUUCAAAUUAUUUUAUAGUCAAUAAACGUUAUAGAUGUCUUGUUGUUGGUUUCUUUUUUCUGCUCAUAUUUAGAACACAGUUGGUCAAAACAAUCCUAAGCCAGCUAAGAAUUUGAAUUCACUUCAGUUCACUUGGAUGGCUCCUGAAAAGAGUGCAGGGAACAUCAGCUUCAUGUUAGUAACAUAUAUGUUUGUUUUAAAGGUCAUAAUAUUAAGCUUAAACAUGUUGAAAUGGGGGGGGGGGUGGGGUGGGGAAUUGGGGGUGGUUGUGAAAUGUAAUAUGUCGGUCAAUUUGACGUUUCCACCUCCCUCCACCUGGGAGUUUAUCAAAAACCCACCCUAAGGCCAAAAUUGAGUUCAAAUGUCCUUUCUCAAGUGCCAGAUUUGAUGGUCAAUUAUUUGGUGAAACCUAAAACCUAGACCCUGUAGACCUCCUCCUCCUUUCCUCCUCCAUCUGCUUGUCAAGUGAACUCUUUUUCUUUAAGCACCUCCAUAUUAAAAGAUAAAAUGUGUGUUCCCCUGGAAAGACUUGAUACUUUUGGUUCAAAUUCCCCACCCCACCCAGGCAAGGUUCAAAUUUUCCACCCCACUGUCCAGGCAUGAAGGACAAUCAAAUGUAUGUGGGUUGCCCAAAUGGAAAUGUUGAAGUUUUGAAUUGAUUGUUGCAUUAUUGUAAGCGUUUUGUUACACUAAGCCCCUUGUGCAAGGCACUCCACAGUUUAACUGUGUAGACAGAGUUCCUUCAGGAAAUAUGUUUAAAUAUGAGGUCCCUGCCUUUUGCAGACUUUCACAUGUUAUUUAUUUUCUAUAUAUAGCGCAACCAUCGUUCAGAACUAUUCCACUUUCUGGGAAAAAGUUACUUCACCUGUUGUUCACGGUCCGCCAGUGGAGAAUGUCACUAGAGGGACUUCAACAGAGAGCUUUCAGGUGAGGCUAUCAAAAAAUGGGCCCAGCAAAUGUAUGGUUUUCUAUCAUGAAGCCUUAUUUCCAUGACCCUUUGUUCUGGAACCAUUUUACAUUGUAGAUUGACAAAAAGGGAUGUGGAGAGACCAAAGGGUGUUACUCCUUACCAUCAAACUGCGCUGGAAGUGGAGACUGUACCUAUCUUUUCACUUACAAUGUUUCUGGAAGAAAUGUUAUCAUAGACAUGAGUGCUAAAGAGCGCUGGGUGGCAGUUGCUUUUAAUGAAAAUAAGCUAAUGGUAAGAGGAAACACCAUAGAAAAUUCAGUUUAUUUGCGUGUUUUCAUGAUCUUUUAUGUUCAUACAUUUUCUCAGGCAACAAAUUUUGUCUGUUUUUGUUGUUCUCCUUCUUAAGGAUAAGAUGGACUCCAUAAUGUGCACUACCAUGGCAACUAAUUUGGCAGAAUUUCGUCAUUUCUAUUCUAUUGGUCACAGUGUUGUCCGACAGGACCUGGUGAGGAAUAUCUGGCUAUUUCUUUAUAGCAUGACAGUGUCAUCCUCAUAAUUAGUAGAACAUAUUGGGUGAUAAGAUCUUUCACAAGAUAAUUUCUCUCUCAGACUGGUAACUCUGAUGUCACCUUUGACAAGAUAGUUUAUGAGGAUGGUGGGAUAAAGUGCAGGUUGGUAAAAAAGGCUGCUGACAAGUCUUAGUAACAAACAGAGCAAUUUUCAUUGCUUUGUCUUUCUUUACUUUGCUCUCUGAUUGGUUUAGAAAACUUGUGCCAUCCUCUUAAGCCAUCAAAUGCUCAUGAGAUCCCACUGUUCCUUACCCUUUGACUGAUGAACGUCUUUGGCUGCUGUCAUGGAAAUAUGAUGGAAACAACCUUAGUGUUGAUGCUCAAAAAAGAAAAAAUUGUAAUAAAGGGAUGGAUUCUCAAAGAUUUUUCAAAUGAGUUUUACUUUUUAUUUCUCUUUUCAAGUUAACAAUUUCUCUUCUGUCUCUCUACCUCAGGGUCACUCGUAAACUUACCUCAAAUGCAGUCUACUUUAGAGAUCUAACCAAGAAAUGGUAUCUGCUCUUCUCCUGGGGUAAAACAAGUACGUACCAUCACUCUCACAAUAGAGUUCUCUAUUUGACGUCUAAGCAACCUCUUCAAGGAACUAAUUUUGUGGGAAUGAUUUGAAAAGAAAGGCAAUUGAGGGAAAAACAGAUGAAGGAGGGGGUGCAAAGGAGGGAGAGUGGAGGAAGAAGUCACUCUUUUCCUUGUCACUUCUUCCCAGACCCUCACCACCCACUUUGAGAGUGGUUGUGGACUCUGUUAAUAUCUGUGUCUCCAAUGCUAUCUGGGAUCUACUCUAAAAAUAUUUAUUUAUCUUUCAGGGAAAUGUGCAAUAUACCUUUAUUUACAGUUUCUUAUUAUAUCUUUUUCCAUCCAGAGCAUGUAGAGAAUCAAGUUUUACUUACUGCUUGAAUUAUUAACCAUUUUGUUGCUGUAUGAAAGCAUUGUAGUUUUGGUUGUAUUUGAAAAGCCAGUCGAUACGAAUCAAUAAAAUUAUUGGGAAUGCCAAACCCUACUCACUUAUUAAGACAAUUAAAUUGAUGAAAAAGAAGCUAUUUACCUGUGCGACUUCAUUGCUGAUUCAAGUAUUACUUUCAUAUGUUUGCGCACAGUAUAUCAUUUAAACUAAAGCAUUUGUAUAAGGAUCAAUGUCAGUAACCCAACAACAGUCAACUGAUGACAAGUUAGAGUUAAUGUUGGUUGAGGGAAGGGGUUGAUGCACAGUUGCUAACAUUGAUCCUUGUAUAAUCAGGUUUGUCUGGCAGUGCACAGUAUCACCGUGCCAAUCAAUCUGUCACAGCUGAUAUGGUGGACCUUGGUGUCAAUGCAGUUCUUAAAGAUGAAAAAAGUCAGGCUGAAGCUACAGUAAGAUGUUCAAUCAUUAAGUUAACAUUUGACCCUUUUCUCCUUUCUUUAAUACUUUUUAUCUUUGUUGGAAUAAAGAGGAAAAUUGAAGAACGUAUGUAAAUGACCUAACUCACAAGUAAACCAUGAGUGUCAUUCAUAAAUGUUUUGCUCUCAUGUUCUUGUUACUUAAGAUAACCAAAGAUGGGUGCAGGAAGACAAAGAGCUGCUAUUCUGAGCCUGCAAACUGCAAGUCUAGCAAAGACUGUGAUUAUCUUGUGACCAUGAAACCCACGGGGGACCAGGGAGAGUCAGGCGAAGUGGAAUUUGAGCUUAGCGCUAAGAAACAAUGGGUGGCCAUUGGUUUUAACAAUGAAAAGAACAAGAUGGUGAGAAAAAAAUUAUUGUAGUUAUUGAAAUGUUAAGCUUGUGAUUUAAGGUAACAUUAUUGUUUCUUUUUCUAGCCACAGUGCUUUGUCAGAUUUAUACGUCAUGUUAUGACAUCACAAUAUGUUGGCAAAAUUCAUAUGCUAAGUAUCCAAGGCAGCCAUUGAUUGACUUCUGGGAAUACACAGUGAUUGUGAUUGGCAAAAAAACUCAACUAAUCAGAAGGAAGUAUGACCCCAGUCAUAACUUGAUUAAACAGGUGAUCUGCAGUUCAGGCUGCAUACUACCCAGUGAAGGUUCCUGUUUAAUUUCAACCUUUCCUCUUAUUUACUUUGGUAAUCUCUGUAACCCUUUAACUCCCAUGAGUGACCAAGACAGAACUCCUCCCUACCAUAUCAGUACAAUAUGAAACAGAAAAGUGUUGAGGAUCAAGAAAAAUUUCAAUUAUUAGUUAAUCCAAUAACAAAUUUUCAGAACUAACAUCAUAAGAAUUGUAUGUCAGAGAAUUACUAAAUGAGAUCUUGGGAGUUAAAUGGCUCACUGGUCCUAACCCCCAUGACAAUCACUGCAGAAUAUCAUUCUGUCAUGUGAUGAAAAAGAGCCAUUUCUGUUCUGGUGAUAAUAAUCAAAUUGUUGACAGCACUGUUUGUUAUUUACUUGUUUUCAGGAUGGCACCGAUGCCUUAAUCUGCGCUGAAGUCAAUGAUAAAGUCACUGUAGAACAUUAUAUGGCCGACAAAGGAUAUGGUAGACCUACAAAGACCACCCCUGUAAGUACCUGGCAUCCUCGACUGUCCAGUGGUAUUUUUACCAGGUUACCAGUUUAACAAAUAGAUUCCAAUUUGAACAUCAGUGACAUACUCAGCUGCACCUCAUGUGCCACUUUUGUUCUUACCACAUUUUGACGUCAUCUGUGAUCUAUUACUGAACAGACGCAUGGCAGCUUGGAAUCCAUUUGUUUUAUAUAAUAAAGAAUUAAAAUAUACAGAAAAAAGUUUUAAUGAUGACAUCAUCUAUACAUCUGUCCUCUAAUAGAUCAUAAGUGAGAACCAAUCAGAAUGCGUGCAUAACUGAGUUUACUAUAUAAUUAGAUAUAGCUUGUAUGAAUCACCACAUGAAAUAAUGAGUAUAGAGUUGAAAACGCACUGGUUAACUGAAUUUUAGCGAGUUUUGAUUAAGUGUGUGAUGAUUGACAUAUUUUUGUAUUUCAGACUCCCACUUCUAUUAUUGCAACUCUUGCUGAAUCAAAAGGUGGAGUUGUUGCCUGUCGGUAAGUCUCAUUCCAUCUGCAAGAGUAUCACAAGUGGAUCAAACCUUCAAGUUUCCUUUAACGUUCAUGGACACCAAUUUUUGUCCUUGAGCAUAAAGAGGCACUGAGAAUGUCAAUUAUGGCUCAAAAUGACAACACAAUAAACCAGUCAAGGUUAGAAUCUGGACUUCUUGAUCCUGAGCCAUUGGAGUCUCCUCCCUAAACCGAGACCAGGAAACCUCGAAUCCAGAGUGUCAGGGGUGGGGUAGGGUAGGGUUAUUUUGUCACUUGUGCGCAGUUCCAUUUUCCUCUAACUUUUUAAUGAUAUGAAAACACCGGAGGAAGAAAUACUGCAAGAAAUUGGGUAGAAAUUCCUCCCUUUCUAGAAAUGAGGGAUAAAAUACGGUUGUCAUUAUUCAUAAUAGCUUUAAAAGGAAGAAGAAAGAUGACAAGAUGGUGGAUCUUACAAAGACAUGGCAUCUUGUGUAUGCAAGUGGCCCUAUGAGUAAGUGAUGUUUUUUUAAUGGUAAAUAUGUAUUCAUUAUUUGACAGUGUGAACAGUUUUUGGAUCAAUGUCAGUAUCUGAGCAACUGCGCACCUACUCCUCCCCUAACUCAAGAUAAGGCCUAACUUCUUAUCAGUUGACUGCAGUUCGGUUGGUGGGGGGUAGAUGUGCAGUUUCUCAGAUACUGAUAUUGAUGCUUUUCUUAAUAAACAGGUGGAGACAAGAUAGGCAUACACUCCACUACUCCAAAAACCAGCCCUCUGAAAGUGGACGUCAGUGCAAUCGGAGAGCUUGUUGCAGCAGAGGAGAGCAUUACAUUGGUACAGGUUCAUGGUAAGAGAGCUGAUACUGUGGUCAAAACAAAGUUCAUCCAAAGAAACCAUUUUUGGGAAAAAUUCACAAUAGUCUAAUUAAUCUAAGAGUUAUUUUAAACCUGAUAAAUCUCAAACAAUCGAGAACCAAUUUCAUGGUGCUAUACAUUACAUGCAACAUGUCAAUUAUUUACAAAAGAUAUUUGGAAAAUUCCUAACAUGGUAAAGCAAAAGUCUAAUAUGACUAGCUUGAAUAAUUUGAGAACCAAUGACUUAACUGCAAACUUCAACGUUAUCAGACGGUUCCUACACUAGUGCCUGAUCUUAGAAACUAAUGUCUGAAUCUAGACACAAGUGUCCGAUUUUAGACACUAGUGUCCAAUUUUGGACUUAAGUGUCCAAUUUUGACACAAAUGUCCGAUUUUAGACACUGUUGUCCGAUUUUAGACAAUAGUGUCUGAUUUUAAACAACAGAGUCCAAUUUUAGACACAAGUGUUCAAUUUUAGACACUGGUAUCUGAUGUUAGACACUAGUGUCCGAUUUUAAACACUUGUGUCUGAUUUUAGAUGCUAUUGUCCGAUUUUAGACACUAGUGUCCAAUUUUAGACACUAGUGUCCAAUUUUAUACGUCAGUAUCCCAUUUUAGACACUACCGUCCGAUUUUAAACAAUAGUGUGCAAAAUGAGAAAGUAUUUUCAGUCUUGACUUUCUAUUUCUCACAGGCUGUUUAAUGGUUAUUGCGUGGAUCGGCUUUGCAUCAAUUGGAAUGUUCAUUGCUCGUCACAUGAAGGUGUUUUUUGGCCAGAGGGUUCUGCUUGGUACCAAAAUGUGGUUUACGGUAAGACUUUUAUUCUUUCAAACACAGUUUUAUCAAAAAACUUGUCGAUAAUUUUGUUUACGGGAGGAGCACUGUAUUUCACUUUUUAUUCCAAGUAUCAUGUUGAUUUGUUAGUUGGGGAUAUAACAGCUCGAAGUUAGUUUCUCAUUUGCCUAUGAUAAUGAAAGAUAAACCUACAGAAAGUUUUUACAGGUUCACUGGAAGAGUGAAAUAUUUUGGAUAAAUGUCAGUAUCUAAGCAACUACGCACCUACCCCUCCCCAAACCCAACAUGAGCCUUAACUUGUUAUAAAUCGACUGUCGUUGGGUCAGUGGAAGGUGUAGGUGCGUAGCUGCUCAGAUACUGACAUUGAUCCACAUUUUGAUUGUCAUUUCUCAGCUUCACCGAUUGUUAAUGGUCUUGACAGUUGUGCUUACUAUCCUUGGAGUUAUCCUCAUCUUUGUUCAUGCAGGUCGCUGGACCAAGGUAGGACUAAAUCUUCAUAUCCUGUAUCUUCUCUAUAAUGGUUAGCUGGGGACAUUAGGGAACCCACGCACUUCUCGCAAAGUGAAAUUUCCUUUAAAAAAUAUUGUUAACUGCCUUAAGCAGUCUGGCCACAGUCCUCUAAAAACUGAUGUAAAUGAUAUAUGCGCAUUAGGGCAUAUUCAUAUGGAGAAUCUGCUCUGUAAAUGCACUAUUAUUAUUAUCUCUUUGACCUGCGUGACACCUCAGCCAAUCACAACCAGUUAACCAGUGACAACAUCAAUUUACAUCAUAUCCCGGUGCAAAGCGCAAGUCAAGAGUUUUCUAGAGGUGGAUUGUUGACAGAACAAGAGGCUAGGCUUGUAUUAGGCCUAUCGAUUGGCUACAUGGAUAGAUAGUUCCCAGCCUUCUUUUUUCCUUUAUUAACAGGAAGCUGGUGCUCAUCCAAUCACUGGUAUAUUUGUACUGGUGCUCGCUGUUAUUCAACCAAUUAUGGCAGUAUUCAGACCCCACCCUGGAGAAGAAAAGUAUGUUUGGAGAGUAUUUUUUUCUUUCUUUUCUCUUAUGUAUCUUCAGUGUUCAUGUUCUUUAUUGUUGGUGUUACUUUUCUUUAGACGUUACAUCUUCAACUGGGCCCAUCGUGGUGUGGGGCUGUCUGCACUGAUCCUGGCUGGUAAGGAGUCUUUUGAAUCAAAAUAACUUUAGAAUGAUCACUGGCUCAGCUCUUUAGCUUCUUGAACUGAAAAACUGGUUACUCCUUGUUAUAUUAACGAUACACUGUGACACCAGAUUCCCUUGAUUAAUUUAUAUAGAAAAUGGAAACUAACUCAGUAGAUGGGAGAAUCACAAAGCAGAUCUCAGGAGUUAAAGGAAGAUGAUGCUGUGCGGGAAACGUUUGCGACUUUCUUUUAAACAUCAUACAAAGUCACGCACUUUAGAGAUCACUGAACUGUCAAACAGAUUAGAGGCUGAAAUUAUCUCCAAUUUACACUGAUGGUUUUCAGCAAUUUCUUUUGAUAUUAACCCCUUAUUUUUAUAUAUAUAAUACGUCUUAAACUUUUCUUUGUUAAACUUCACAGUGGUGACUGUGUUCUUUGGUCUUCGCCUUCCUCACUCAAGGCUAGGUGACCCCGCCUUGUACCCCAUGGUCGCCUACUGUGUGGCUUUGAUUCUUGUGGUUGCUUACGACAUUUACGAUACUUUGACGACGUCGCGUGGCGGAGCAUCUUUCAACGUCGGUCCGUUGGGAGGGAAAGAAGGUGAUUACUUGUGUAGUAAGGAAGCUAAGUAUCAAUCAGAACUGCCCGUCAAGAUCAGUCAGUGUCCAGAUUUUAUACACUAUUUUAAGGAAUUAUUUCAAAGUGAGAUUAAAGCGUUCUUUUGGCCAUUUUCGAUUGAUUCUAAUCUCCCUCGUGUGAGCCAGUCACGUGACUCUUGUCGUAUUUUUAUGUCUUUUUGAAUGACAGAUGGCAAUGUUGAAUUGCAGCCCCCUGGCGUUCCGGUAUGAAAAUUCGUUUCAUUAUAUCUUGUCUUGUUGUAUCUUUUGCUAUGCUUAAUUCUGGUCCCGUGGAAGUUUAACGAAUUUAAACGCUUUCAUGCCUCAACCCUUAAACUCCAUGUGUGUUAAAACAGCAUGUCUCCUUACAAUUACAAGUGAUGUUAACAAAGAAAAAUACUUAUUUGGGGAUUAUUUAUUGAUCCAGUAUCAAAUUCUCCAAACAAACACCAUAAGAAUUGUAUGACAUACAGUGAGGAGAACUACUAAUGAGAUUUUGGGAGUGAAAGGUUAAAUUAAGCCAGUGCAUUAUGAUCAGCGAUAUAGGUGACGUAAAAUGCGUUCUUUGUGAACUCCUGCUGAGGGAGAAAUUCUUAAUUUCCUUCUCUUCCAGUUGUCCAAGCUUUGUGUGCAAAUAGGGUAAUACUCUCUGUGGAUGUUUUCUUUCGGUUCUCACCCGUUGCUGCUUUUUUUUCCUUUUUGCAGGCUGGAAAUGAACACAAAUUUCUGUUUGCCUUUACGGUUCUUGUUUCAGUUGGUGUUGUGAUUGCACUUUUGGUGCUGAUUGCAAUCGCUGACAGGGAAUCUCACAAACAUGAUCACGACAGCUAAAUUAAAAGUCAAGGAGUGAGUUUAUAAGGGUGUGCUAUUAUUUUAAUAUGCAGACCAAUCAAUCCCUAAGUUGAAAGUGCAGAGAUUUGUAGAAAGAAUCUAUCUGAAUUUUCUUCCUGAAAUCAUUAAACUGAAAUUUUUCAUUUUCUUCUUGUACAGUCCUUUAAAUCUCAUCCAUUGUUUAUCAUCUGUAUUUCUUUUAUUUAUUCUUUUGUAUUUGAUGUUUGUCCAAAUCUGCAUUCAAUAAAAUUAAAAAGGAAGUUACCUCUAAGGUCUCAGGGUGCAUGACUCCCUCUCCUUCCCUCCCAUUCCUUCUUUGCUGAAAGUGCAAGAUCCCUGUCUCUUUCCCACUACUUGUCUAGAAAAAAGGUGAUAAUUUAUGAUAAUCUUACAUCCUGGUUUAUCCUCAAAUGCCAUUGGGUCGCUAGUGUCAAACUGACCCUGUCCCCACCCCUCCAGAGAAUCCUGCUUAUACCCCUUUUUAGGUGUUCUUCUACUUAAAGUUGUUUUCAUAGUUCCUCUAAAUCACCUCUUUCUCUCUUUGCAGGUUGAUGCAACAAAAUUCCUCAAGCAGAGGAAUGAUCAACCUAUGAACUGAAUUGGUACCAAAACAAUCGUAUAAGAACUAGUUGAUAGUGAACAUUUUUGGUAGCCCAUUUAUCUUUUUAAUAAGGUUACAUCUGUAGACUGUCUCAUUUAUUUUCUGUGAACAUCACUUUUUCAUUAGGAUGUAGCUUUUUUUUUUUUUUUAGGUGAAAUGUUUAUAAGAGCAAACAGUUAUUAACGGAUGAGGUGGUAGAGGUCAUACGUUUAUGAAGAAAUUUAUAGACUAGUAAAAAGUGUUCGGAAGAUUUUCCUCUAGAUAAUAGUAUGCAUAAUGCUGAUAUAUUUGAAUGAUUUAAACUCUAGCAAAUAUUUAGACAUUUUAACGAUGAUUUAUCGUAAAUAAAACAAUCAUAUAUUUGAGAAAGGGUUUCCUAUAGAGGUCUUGGCUCAGUUCAAAGCCCUAUUUGCAAUUGUUUUACACCAUGUUUUUACAAUCUCUCCAAAGAAGCCUCUGGCUGACACACUCUUGCUCAUUGAGAGCUUGACUGUUUCAAGUCAACUAUGUGAUUUAUAAUGGUAAUAAGACCGAGUGGAGUCCAAUUCGGUCUGUAAUCAUACAAGUGAUUAACAAAAUGGGACGACUUGUCAAUCAUGAGAAUUAUAACAGACAGAAUUGGAAGACAAAAAUCAUGUUACCAAUUAAUCAUAACCUUCACAAUUUCCAAAAACAACAAAUACAUUUAGGACAAGUAUCUGUGGUAGAGACAAAGUCUAAGUAAAAAAAUGGUUAUUGUGAUCAAUUCUAUAAUUGGUAGAUUUGGCUGAAAGGACUGAGCAUGAUUCAAAAUUUCAACUGCCUGAUUAUAGCCAACUGUCUGAUUACAUUGUCCAAUUUCAACUGUGCAGAAUGAUUCGUGAAAAAUAAAGCAGCUAAAGCACCAAUCACAUUUGAGUAAAUUGUAAUGGUUAUGAUUAAGGGGAGAACUGAAGGGUGUGAUACCUGGAAACAACUUGAUAUUCACCCUUGCGGUGUAGCUUGGUGAAAUUUCAUGUUAUUAUAGCAACAGUGACGAGACCAGUGCAGUCUGCACCACAUAACUAAUGAUUGAGAAACCCCUCCUUGGUUAAAACAACUUAUAAAAAUUUAGACAACUUCCUGUACAAUCAAAGGAGCAUUACCUCAUGAUGCACAGUAAGUAUUUACAAUUAAAGAAAAACUGUGAAAAUAUCAGUAAAUUCCAACACUCAAGGGAUAAACUUGCAAGAAAGUGGUUAAAAAAAACAUUGGGUAAUGAGAAAAAACCUGUAUACAAAUACAUCCCAGACUAUUUAUGGGCUUGGUAUAACAUAGAGAAAGAAAGCAAUCACC